AUGUCGGAGCCUGAUGAAGCAAAAGAACUUCGUCUAUGUAACAACGUAGAGCUCAAGAUUGCGCUCGCUGAAAGUGAUGAUAAGCUCCAGCGUCUUCUCAAUCUUUACCUCGCCCCUCUAUUGUUGAAGCUAGCCAGCCCGCAUGUCAACGUCAGGAAUAAAGUGAUUUCAAUCUGCCAGCAUGUUAAUACUCGUAUUAAAUCGCCCACAUUCCUCCUUCCUGUCGCCGCACUAUUGGGGCAAUUCAAGGAUCCAGAAAUUGGCGGGAAGUAUCCUCUGAUUCGGAACUUUGAUUUGAUGUAUGUCCAGACAGGAAUAGAGCGUCUUCCAGUGUCUGAACGGCUAGCAUUACUACCUCCUUUGCUGAAAGACAUUUCGAAACAUGAUAACCAUGUUCAUCAACGUGCCCUAUUCAACAUCCUUUUAAAGAUAUUGCCGUUCUUUGAACCGCCUCCUAGAGGGACCAAUGAGGAUACCGCCUUAAGAGUGACAGUCGGAUUCGCAGAAAACCCCGAAGACGCAGCAUGGGUGGCGGGCUGGAUCUCAAAACUAAUGCUGCUUAACCUAUCUGUCUUUUCUAUACCCCAAGCCCAGCAGUCAGAAACCCAAAGAUUGUCCUGCCCGGGUUUAUCCCCUGAUGAUUUUGAAUUUCUCACUCUAGGUGGCAAGAGGGAGACUUUCACCCCGUUUUCAGUACUUGCGGAUAUAAAAAGGUCCGUGCUUAAGUUUUUGGCAUCAGGUGCAUUUAUAGAUGGAGAAAGAUUCUUUCCGACUCUUAUCGGUGCUUCGGAUAGUAAUUCAGCUGUUUCGGGGCCUGCCGAAGACAUCUACAAAAGGUCACUCCCAGCCAUUUCUCUAGAUGAUGAAGACGUUGUGGCAAAACUUUACACUCUCUAUUUCGGGUCACCAACGACUGGCAUGCCCGCCGUCAAGGUUGUCCUUCAAGCGCGGAUAGUUGCUUUGUUGGCAAAAAGUUCAACUGCGGUAGAAAUCAAAUGGAAGAAGGAAAUUAUACGCAUUGUUGAAAGUGCGCUAGAAACCGAUUAUCUCAGACUGCGACAGGCUGCCUUUGGUUUUGUCAACUGGGCCUCCCGUAUAGGCGGAGAAGAAGUUAUGGUUGCUGUUGCGGGAGAGGUAGUAGAGAAGGUGCGGUACUGGAUUUUGAGCACUGAUUCUGAAGAUAAUGGCAUUGGCAAUAAUAAUGGAAUCGUGGAUGAGAUAAGGGGGUACGCUUAUGAAUCGCUCGGACUUCUCGCCAAGCGUUCACCCAGAAUCGUGAUCGAGCCAGAAUGGAAAAUUUUGAAAUUUCUUUUUGGAAGAUUGAGAGACGAACACGUUGGGAGUGUAGGCGUAUCAGUUGAGGGGGCGCUAUCGACGCUUCUUCCAGUUAUUGCAAGGGCAAAUAUGGACAGGGAUACUGAAUAUGGUCUGGAAGAACUUAUUGUGGAUCAAAUGGUCGCAAAGAAAGGCCGUAGCACGCGGUUCUCUGCGGUUAGGUAUGCCAAUAGAACCUUGGAAUUUGGGAAUGUUGUAGGGAGAUGGGCCAAUCUGUUGGCCAUUGGGAGAAAAGGGGAAAGAGGGGAGGUAGUUGAAGAGGCCAAGAAAGGACUUCAUCCAUACUAUUAUCGCCUUCUCAACCCAGAGGAGAAGCACCCUGCAUACAGACCCCAAACGUCAGAUGCAAUGGAAGUUGAUGUCGAUAAUCAGAGGGCGUCCAACAAAAAAGACAAAUUUGCAUUUCCAUCUUUUUCCACUAUCCUUGAGUACUUUUUCAACUCUCAGCAUAAUGCUAUCACUUGGGGGCCAGAUGAUCUCCUAGUCGCAAAAUCCAUGCCAUUAGAAGUCUUUUCCGCCGCCCUGGCAUUUGUCCGUAGAGUAGCGUUCAUGGAGGCGCUCGAUGGCGAAGAAAUACUUGUCGAUGAAGAUUGGGAACGCAAACUUGAUACUGCCGUAGAGAGGGAUGAUAAGGUCCGUGAAAAACUACGAGUGUAUUUCCGCCGCCUGUCUAAGGAGAAGCCAGGCACACUCGAGCAAUUUAUGCGCGUUGCAUGGGAAGGGAUGGUAUACGAAGGUAUCGGUGUUGAGGGUGUCAGAGAAGUUUGGGUGGAACUUGUAGGCGUUGUUCCAAAUUCCAUGUUGGAAGAGUUUUCUAGCAAAGUUGGAGGGUUACGGAGGUGUGCCCUCACUGGAAUGAAGUCCGAAGGUCGUGCAACUGCUGCGCGUGCUUUGGGACUUCUGGGGAGCCAUCCUACCGUUGACCUGUCAGUAUUAAAUGCACUGCUCUCCGAAAUGGCGGAUGGUGCAGAGAGCUGGGAGAGGGUCGGAGGACAAGAGCUUAACCGUGUCCAUGGUGGCAUUCUGGCAUUGGGGUAUCUUCUUGCACGACUAAGCUUGCGUGGAAGGCUAGACGUCCUGGACUCCGAGACAAUCACCCGUUGUAUCGAUGUAAUAAUCGCUGCACUACUAGAAGCCAGAGACCAGAUGGUACUUGAUGCGGCAAUAACCGCAUUUUCGGAAAUCUGUAUUUUUGGGGUUUUGAGUGGCAAUAAGCUUGAAAAGUCAAAAUCCGAAAAGAUCCUAGAGCGAUUAGGGGAGUUGGGGAAAAAAGGGAAAGAGAAGGCUAUCCUUACGUUGGGAUACUUUUCUAUCAUCUUUCAUGAUGUAGAAGUGGCCGAAAGUUCAGUUGGAGGAGGGAAAGGCGAUAAUACGGUUCAAAAUAUAUUGGAAACGCUAUUCAGCUUACACGAAAAUCGGCAAAUUGAGGUAAAUUUCGCGACUGGCGAGGCAGUGGCGAGUGUAGCGGGUGGAUGGGAGAGUAAAGGUGUUAAGGCGAAGGUUGAUCUCAAUGGCUUUCAGGAUUCAAUAGUACGUGGGAAGGACACGACCAGGUUGAAAACGGUUGUGGCAAGGGUUUUGGGUUUUGUUAAAGAGACCAAGCCCGCCUUGAGAAAGGCAACCUGCGUCUGGAUGCUUAGCUUACUGGAAUUUCUUGGUGAAUCCGCGGAGGUGCAAUCUAAGCUUGGCGAGAUGCAGAGAGCAUUCAGGGGGUUUCUUGUGGACAGAGAUGACUUGGUACAAGAAACGGCCGCCAGAGGGUUAACAAUGGUUUAUGAACGCGGCGAUAGUUCGACAAAAGAUGAACUUGUUAAAAAUCUUAUUUCCAGUUUUACUGGUGAGAAGCGUACAUUGACUGGAAAUGUCUCUGCGGAUACAGAGUUGUUUGAACCAGGCGCGCUUCCCACUGGGGAUGGAAGCAUUAGCACAUAUAAAGAUAUCAUGUCCCUCGCCUCUGAAGUCGGUGAUCCUAGUCUUGUUUAUAAAUUUAUGUCACUCGCACGACACAACUCCCUCUGGUCCUCUCGUGCGGCAUUCGGCCGUUUUGGGCUUGGUUCAAUUUUAUCCUCAUCCGAUGUUCUUAAACACAACCCAAAGCUAUACCCAAAGCUAUACAGAUACCGAUUUGAUCCAAAUCCUAACGUUGCGAAGAGUAUGGAAGAUAUCUGGAAGAGCCUGAUAGGAAGCGACGAGAGAGAUGUAUUGGAGCUAUGGUUUGAGACAAUAAUCGAGGACCUACUUGACCAAGCUUUAGGGAGAGAGUGGAGAACAAGGGAGAGUUGCUGCAAUGCCAUCGGGGAGCUAGUUCAAGGUAGAGGUGUUGAAAAAUACGCCAAAUAUCUGGAGCGGAUCUGGGCAGUUGCAUUCAAAGUCCUUGACGAUGUGAAGGAAUCGGUUCGGAUCGCUGCGAUGAAGCUUUGUCGUGUUUUGACAGCGGCAAUGAUCAAAAUUGUUAAUGUCAAUGCGGGCUCUUCGCCAAAAGAUGCUGAAACAGUCUUGAAGAGUUUAAUGCCGUUUUUGAUGGGUUCUUCCGGACUAGAGGCAGAAGCGAAGGAAGUGCAGAUAUUUGCCUUGCGUACUCUCCUACAGCUCGUAAAAACAGGCGGGAAAGCGGUAUUACCCUAUGUUCCGAGCUUGGUUGACAAAUUUGUUGCGCUUCUUAGUUCGUUAGAGCCUGAAGUCGUCAAUUACCUUCACUUGAAUGCGGAAAAAUACAACACCACUGGCGACGACAUCGAUCGUAUGCGCUUGAGUAAUGUCCGCGGUUCGCCAAUGAUGGAUGCCAUUGAGCGUUGUUUGGAUUUAUUAGACAGCGAGACUAUGAAAACGUUUAUCCCACAGCUCCAAAAGACUGUUCGGAAGGCGUUGGGGUUACCAUCAAAGGUUGGCUGCAGUCGCAUCAUCGUAACCCUGGUUGUUCGUCAUGGGUUUAUAUCUAAACCAUAUGCGGACGAUUUAUUGAAAACUAUUCAAUCCUCACUCCAAGACCGGAAUGAAACAGUUAUGGUAAGCUAUGCUAGUGCCGCUGGCUAUCUUUGUAGAAUCGCCAGCGAUGAGAAGAUUUUGGGUCUUGUGUCAUAUGCAAGGAAAUUAUAUUUUGAAGGUGAAGAUGAGAAGCCUCGGGCUCUGGCGGGGGAAAUUGUAUACGCAAUCUGUAAAUAUGCUACCGACCGAUUCAAUGCGUUGGCCGUCGAUGUGCUUCCUUUCAUUUUUGUUGGAAAGCAUGAUCCAGAGAAGUCGGUCAAUGAGGCGUUUGGAAAAGCGUGGUCUGAGAAUACCGGAGGAACAGGUGCCAUUAAGCUUUACCUGGCAGAGAUUAUUGAUAUGACAAAGACACAUCUCACCUCCCAGCGCUGGGCCAUCAAACAGACCGCGGCUUUGAGUUUAGCAGACGCGUGUAAAUCUAUCGGAAAUGACUUGUCAGCGGAACAGCUACAUUUAUUGUGGCCUGUGCUCUUUUCAGCAACAAGUGGCAAAAGUUGGGAUGGGAAAGAAGCUGUGCUGGAAGCCCUCGUCUUAUUAGCUAUUAAUGGGAAAGCCCAUUUCGGCAAAAAUGAAGAGAAGCUAAUGGAGCUUAGAAAGAUCGUCUUGAGAGAGGCCAAGCGUAAUAAUCCUACUUAUCGAAGCUCCGCCCUGAAGAGUCUCGGAAGCUUGGCAGACGGUUUUGAUCAGCUAGACUUAUUCGAGGAAGCUCAUGAUAUUGUUAAGUCUUCGGUCUCAAAGGACAAUGAAGACGAUAUGGAUAUCGAUGCACCUGAUGGCCGAUCUAUCAAGAUAAUACAACAAGUUACUAUUAUCAAUGGACUUUUGGCGUUGUCUUAUGCUUUUCAGCCGAAGCUUAAUAAAUCAGCGGCAAAAACGGAGACUGAGGUCAUCCAGAUCCUAGACCUUGUGGACGAGUGUACUGCUGGUGCCAAUUAUGAGGUGAAGACAUGUGGAGCAGAAUGCAUUGAACACAUAAUCGGGAAGUUAUCGUCGGUGACCCUCACUCUUGACGACAAAAUCUGGGAUGCCCUCCUCGGGAGGAUUUGGCCCAGGAUCCAAGAGAAUUCUACGGAUCGAGGACACGAAAGUGUGAGACUCAAAUCUGCAAGUGCUAUUGUGGGUUUACUCAACCUCAAGGGGCAUGGAAGUAUCUGGGGUAAGAUUCGGGAAGAUCUUCGGGAGAUCUUAGCGGAAGAACGGUCAUCGGUAGUCCUGCAAAUUAUGGAGCCAGCGGUUGCGCGUUUCCUCCUUCAGUAA